CGGGCGGCGCCGCUGCGGAGCCGCUGAGCCCGCGCCGCGGGACGCUGUUUCUGAGCGGCGCAGGUAAACGCGGUGUCGCGUGGGCGCAGCUGGGCGCCGAGGAUGCUGCUGGGCGCGCUGCUGUGCGCGGCCCUGCUGCUGGGCGGCGGCGCCGGGCACGACGACGAGUGGAUCGACCCCACCGACAUGCUCAACUACGAUGCGGCCUCGGGAACCAUGAGGAGGCCUUACAAGGCCAGCUAUCGCGACUCUGAGGAUAACACUUUGGAUGCAGUCAGCAAGGAGAGCUUGGCAAGUUGCUCCAGGGAGGUGGAUGCCUUGCGACAAAAGAUAGAAGAAUGUGAGAAGAGGAGCACCAUGUCCCACGAAAGCCGUAGCUUCUAUAUUUUUAAGCGAUACUUGAAUAAGAUUUUAAAUGAGGCUGGAAAACUUGGUCUUCCUGAGGAGGAUCGUGUGCAUUACGAUGCUGAGAUCAUCCUUACCAAGCAAACGUACUUGGAGAUCCUCAGGUUCCUCCAUGAAGAUACGUGGCAGUCGGGCGCUGUGGAUGAUGCCCUUAGUGACAUUUUGAUUAACUUCAAGCACCAUGAUUAUCAAGCUUGGCACUGGAGAUUUGAAGACACUUUUGGAAUUGAUCCACAUAAUAUGCUUAUGAUCCUCUUGUGCUUAGUAUGCGUUGUAGUUAUCAUAGCUACAGAGCUGUGGACACAUAUUCACUGGUUUACUCAGCUAAAACGUGUUUUAUUAAUCAGCUUUCUGAUCAGUUUUGCAUGGAAUUGGCUUUACUUGUAUAAGCUGGCCUUUGCACAACAUCAAGCAGAAAUUGCCAAAAUGGGGCAGUUUGAUAAUGUGUGUGCUGAGAAGGUGGACUGGAGUGGAAGUCUCAUUGAAUGGCUCAGAAGCAAGUGGACAUUUCAGGAUGAUCCUUGCCAGAAGUACUAUGAAACCCUGUUUGUGAAUCCUAUCCUGCUGGUUCCACCGACAAAGGCGUUGGCUAUUACUUUCACCAACUUCGUAACGGAGCCUCUGAAGCACGUAGGGCAAGGCAUAGGCGAGUUCAUCAAAGCCCUCAUGAAGGAGGUGCCCUUGCUCCUGCAGGUGCCUGUGCUCAUCAUGAUGGCUCUGGCUGUUCUGGGUUUCUGCUACGGUGCAGGCUCUUCAGUGUCCCUGAUAAGAUACUUGACCUCCCCUCAGAGGAAGACGCUCCCUCUGCCUGACAGCCAGCAGGACGCAGUAGACUUCAGGCAGUACCGCACGAGUGACUCGGACAUUUCCCCCUUACGGGAGCCUCCUGCUGUGACCAGAGGGCCCUUUGACAGAGGCGAUGCCUGUCCCAGGCCUGGCAGCAGGAGUCCUGACCUCACCCAUGUGAGCCGAGAGCUGGAUGCGCAAGUACAAGAGUCUCACAGACCAGAACCCAGUACUAGAUUGCACACUGAGUCUGACGUUUGUAGACUAGCAACUCUCACAGCGGAAUGUCUUCCUGAAGAGCCUGAACCCGAGCAGCACAAACAGCAGCUGCACAAAGUGGAGCAAGGGGCUGGAGAAAACUGCACACCUAAUAAAAAUCUGGAAGAGGAAAGUUCCACAAUGGGAGCACUGGAGGACAAAGAAGAGAAGGGGGUGUCGCGUGAAUCAGGGCAAGGAGACUGAGGAGUCGCCACACGGUGGAGAAGAGGAUGCGGCUACAGCAGCAGCUGAGAAUCUGUUCUUCUCCUGGAAGAAGCAUCUCUGAUCAUCCAUCCUGUUACUCUGGAAUCGACUGAGCAGGUCAAAGAACCCCUCAUCUGCCACUGUCUCCUGAUGGUUUUUCUGAAAAGGACAGAAAAAUAAGAGCAAAUGCUGAACUCAAGGGCAUCUAGCUCCAGGACAGCCACAUGGCAGUUUCAAUCCAGCAAGAUCGUUAUUGUAUUCAGGUAUCGGAGAACUGUUAAACACUAGUUUGCGUCAUCCAUUUUUUAUAGAUGGAGAGUUAUCCUACAGUAAUAGGAAGUGCUAAUCCUACGGAAACGUUUUUGGAAGGUAAAAAUCCAUUAGAAACAUUUCACACUCUGAAACUGAGAGAACUAGUUCUCUGAUCGUUACCACAGGAGGUUUCUCCUCAGUUAUUAACACACCGAAACUCAAGCGUCCAUCAAGGAGAAAACAAAAGCCCCAUAAUGAACAGAUUCCAGUUGGUCUUCAGGUAUAUGGUUCUCUCAUUUCGAUCUAAUAAUAAAAUUAUUGGUAAUUUUAGCUGACUUAUGUCAGGAGAGUAAUGACCUAAAACAUUUAUCAAAGAAAAAAAAUCCCACUGGCUGGUUCCAGGCAAGCUUGAAAGACAGUAUGAGUCAGAAACCUAGGUUUUGUUCAGUUUGGAGAAAUACAAUCUGAGAGAAGUUCUAGAAAUAAAAUGUACAUGCCAGCUGACCUAAAACUUCAGAAAAUUUACCAUGGAAAAAAUUCUAAUAGUCAGAAAAGCCUAAAGCUAUCUUCAUCCAUGAGACAUCUCUGAAACUGGUAGAUUCUAUAUCAGUUCUC